AGUUUGCUUUCGUUUCAGUGCUUGUUUAGUCCUCUGCCCUCCGAUAGUACCGAGCCUGAAGCUGGUUUUAAACAUCCUCCCCCUGACGCCCCUCGAAGUCUCUUCAGUACAAAAUCUAAGGAUGUGGAGGUUCUGCUCAGCGAUGGAAAGGAAGUGCUUUCUUUACCAAGGAACUCUAAAGCCACUGUGAAACAGAAGGUGCUUUAAAGUUUACUGUAAUGAUGAAAACAUCAGCAGGAGACAAGGGAGCCAGGGAUGACGCAGGCCCAAUCAGAGACACCAGCAAAGAGGGAAAAGAAACAGAUCUCUGUCAGGCCACUGCCCUGCAACAUUGCCUCCUGCUUCCAGGGAUCAGCAUCCUUGAUAAACUCAUCAAGACCUGUCCCGUCUGGCUUCAGCUGAACAUGAACCAUGAAAGGGCCGGGGCGAUACUUGGCAAAGAAACUGCAGGGAUAUUCUUGGUUAGGAAAGAAGGUAACGUUAAAAACAUGGUCCUUGCAGUCCGCCUGCCAGCGCAGAACCAGGGCCCUGGGGUGCUGGAGUACAACAUUAAAGAGGAGAAAUCCAUCCUGUACCUGGAAGGAUCUGUCCUUGUAUUUGAGGAUGUCUUCAAACUGGUUGCUUUCUACUGUGUCAGCAGGGAUUUGCUGCCCUUCACCCUGAAGCUGCCACAAGCAAUAUUAGAAGCCAGUACCUUUCAAGACCUUGAAAUUAUCUCUAGUCUAGGGACAGAUUUCUGGGAGUCUUCCUUAAACCACAGAAGAAGAGAAGAGUUAUCCCACUCUGCAAAAGAUCCUGCUUUCAGCACUGCCCAGGAAGACAGUUUAAGAUCUACCCAGUGUUUUGCAAGCAACAUAAACCACUGCUCAUGCGAAAUUGAGCUGUCAAUAGGAAAUGACAGGCUGUGGUUCGUGAAUCCUAUUUUUAUAGAAGAGUGCAGUAAUCCUUUUCCUGCAGAUGUCCCUCCUCCCGACAGCAAUGCCGUGAGCGCCCAUGUGAGCCCCACCGCUGCCACGCUCGCAGGAAAGAGCUCUCCCCGACGGCCCCCUCCGCCUCCACCUCCUCACGCUCUCCUUCAGAAACCUUCUCUGAAGCUCCCGCUGGAUCCCGUGACUGCUUGUGAAGAAAACAAGCUGCUGCUUCAGCCACUAGGAAAGAGCAUCAAGGAAAUGAAAACUGAGGGCAGUAACAGUAAAGAAGAAGAAGGGAAACAGAGCUGCUCAGGCAGCGAGCCCUCGGCAGUGAGCCCCAAGCAGGGUUCCCAGCCCUCUGUGCCGCCACGGAGGCGGCCGUGUGAGAGGAUCUCGGAGGGGAGCUGUGUGGGUAAGCCUGGAAGUUGUGAAACACCAAAAGGGGAACGGACGGAAGAAAACCAAGACAGUGCAGAAAGCAGAGAUAAAAGUUUGCUGUGCAAGAAGGCUGUAGAAAUGCCUGGGGAGAUUCCCAAAAGGGCUAUAUCACAGUUUCAGGGGACAAAGUCUGAAGCUGCAGAGAAGAAGGAGGGCAUGCCUGAGAUACAAAGCAAAGCCAUUGAGAAAAGAAUGUCACCCCCUAUCCCACCACCGAGAAGGAAGAGGCUUUCCCAGGUACCGAGGAUGCCCAGCUCCUGCCAAUUGAAGCAAAGAACAGUGGCAGAGACGGCCACAGCCACAGUGCAGCCUUUCAGCAAGAGCAGCUCAGCUACAGGUGCAGGUGGUGCCACUUGCACACACCCCAAGACUGAACCAGGACAUGCACGCAAAUCUGACAGCUCAGCCGAGCUGAAAGGUUCUCACUCCUCCCUGGAGGGCCCAGGAGCCAGUGCCGUGGCUCAGACAUCAACCUCUGAGCCGGACUCCUACUCCACCAGCAGCACUGAGGAUGACCUGGAGAUGCUGAGUACUUCAUCUGGUAAAAAGACACGCUCGGCGAUCUUGGGCAAGGCCAAGAACAGACUGUCCUUUGUGAGCCUGUCCAAUGUCUUCACAGUCUUUUUGUCUAGUGACAGGAAGCUGCAGAAGAAGAUAGUGGAGCUGGCUCAGGACAAGGAUUCAUACUUUGGCAACCUGGUGCGAGACUACAGAGUGUACAGUUUAGAGAUGAUGGCAAAGCAGAGCUCCAGCACAGAGAUGCUACAAGAAAUCCGGAUGAUGAUGACACAGCUGAAGAGUUACUUGGUGCAGAGCACCGAGUUGAAGUCUCUGAUAGACCCAGCCUCAUACUCCGAGGAACAGCUAGACGUGAUUGCUGAGACGGCUUUAUGCAAAUGUGUCCUGAAACCUUUAAAAGAAGCCAUAGAUUCUUACUUAAAGGAAAUACACAACAAAGAUGGAUCUUUACAGCAGCUAAAAGAGAAUCAACUAGUGGUACAAAACACAACGACCACUGACCUAGGAGUAACAACCAGUGUGCCUGAAACUGUAGUGCUGGAAAAAAUCCUUCACAAGUUCACAACCAUGCACAAGGCCUACUCCCCAGAAAAGAAGAUUGCCAUCUUGCUAAAGUCCUGCAAGCUCAUCUAUGACGCCAUGGCUCAGGGAAACCCAGGGAAACCAUACGGUGCAGAUGACUUCCUCCCUGUGCUCAUGUAUGUGUUGGCCCGCAGCAACUUGACUGAAGUCCUUCUGAAUGUGGAGUACAUGAUGGAGCUCAUGGAUCCUGCUCUGCAGCUAGGGGAAGGUUCUUAUUAUUUAACCACCACGUACGGGGCCCUGGAGCACAUCAAGAACUACGACAAGCUCACGGUGACGCGGCAGCUGAGCGUGGAGGUGCAGGAUUCCAUUCACCGCUGGGAGCGGCGGAGGACGCUGAACAAGGCCCGCGCUUCCCGCUCAUCCGUCCAGGACUUCAUCUCUAUCUCUUUUCUGGAAAUUGGUGCUCAGUCACGGACACUUGCCUCCCGGAAUGACACCACAGCUGAGCAGCUGAGCCAGCAGUGUGCCGAAAAGUUUGAAGUCUUGCAUCCCAAGGACUAUGGACUCUUCGUUUAUGUUGAUGACCAGUGGCUGCAACUGGACAAAGAUGCCCUGCCUCAUCAUAUCAAAGCCUCCCUGCUAAAGAGUGAAAUCAAGAAAGAUUUCCAUUUUAUUUAUAAACCAAUAGACCAUAAGACCCCACCAGUUCCAAUCGUCAAGGAGUCAGACUUCUCCUAAAGGGCCACGGUGCUCUGUUGGCGUGUUCGCUGUCAUCCUGCGAGGGCUGGAGAGUUUGUCUCUUGAGAUCCUCGGGUAUCUGCAGACCUCAGAAGGUCUCUGUAGCAUGGCCCUCGACACAGGGCAGAUGUACUAAUUAUAGAUGCUGUCUGAAUACGGGGCAUUCUCAGCAGAGUUCAUUUGCAGAAAUAAAAGGAGCAUUCAGGAGAAUAUUCAACACUUGAAGUAUCAAACCUCAGAACCUCCCACUGGCAACCAGCUGACAUUGCAGAAUGUACACGGACAGUGGAGAAAAUCCAGAGAUCUUGCACAAAAGUGGACAUUUAUUCCAUAAUAAAUUAUGGCAGGUAUGACUCACCUCUGUGCACACGGCCUGUGAAAGGCCUGCACAUGCCUCAAUCAGUUUGGAGCUAAGAGAGCCUUUAUGCCUUACAACGUCUCUUCACCCAAUCGGUAUCAACCGAGUCUUGUCUGAUGUAUUCAGUGGAAUGGGGUUGCCACCUGUAGCAGAACCCCACCUCUGUUUUGCUGUCUACAAUACGUCAUUGCCUUUGAAAUCCAUGUAAUUACAGACCAUGCAAGGUGAUCCUGUACAUUUACCGAGAAUACAUUUUCAGCCAUCUAUCUGUCACUGAAAUCAGGUAGCACAGCCAUUUUCACUAAUGCAUUUUUCAGAAAGAUUGAAAGUCUUCACUGUCAGUUUUACAUGUACAGCAGUUUUAAUCACGUUGGCUGUAUGAUAGUGUCUGGUUAAUUGUAUAUUUAUUGCCAUGUGUGAUAUGGUGCGAUUAUUUUAAAAUAAGUGUUUGUAAAGAACUUAAUAAUUUUCCCAGUGCAGCACAACAGGUUAAAAUUCAAAAGUCAGAAAGAGCUAGAAUUAAAUACUUGUCCCCUUUUA